AUGUUUACAGACGAAGCUAACUUCUCUAGAAACGCUAUAAGAAAUUUCCAUAACAAUCAUGUUUGGGCCGAAGAAAACCCGCAUGCAAUUGUGAACUUUAACAAUCAAGAACAAUUUUCCGUGAAUGUUUGGGUUGGAAUUGUUGAAAAUCACUUAAUUGGACCUUUUUUUCUGCCACAAAGGCUAGACGGCCGUACAUAUCGUCGGUUUCUAGAGGAGGAUUUGCCCGUAUUACUUGAAGAAGUGCCACUUUUAACUAGAAAUAGAAUGUGGUUCAUGCAUGAUGGUGCACCAGCUCAUUUCCAUCGAGAAGCAAGAGAAUAUUUAAAUCGCACAUUUCAUGACCGAUGGGUAGGCCGUGGUGGACCCCAACAAUGGCCCCCCAGGUCCCCAGAUUUGAAUAGUGCGGACUUCUUCUUAUGGGGGCAUCUGAAAACUCUGGUUUACAACACUCCGGUUAACACUGUAGAAGACCUGAGGAAUCGCAUAAGAGCUUCCUGUGAUGUAAUAAGGAACACUGACAACAUUUUUCAAAGAGUCCGCACUAAUAUGAGAAGAAGAGCUGAAGCAUGUAUCCUUGCAGGUGGAGGGCAUUUUCAACAACUGAUGUAA